CUGACGUCACCGGGUGACAGCUAGCUGUCAGAAAGUGAGUUCAUUCCCCGAGUCGAGUAGACGGAGCGCUGUCGAUAGUUUUUGUUUUUUAUUUUUUAUUUUAUUUUACUCCCGCUGUCGAUAUCUUAAGUACAUCGAGUCGCCGGCAACGGACCGACCUCUCCACCGAGCCCGGCCAUGGACGAACAGGCAGGGCCCGGCGUGUUCUUCAACAACAACAACAACUCUGUUUUAGCCGGCGGUGGCAAAGGACCGCUGCCCGAUGGCGACGCUGGGGAGGCGGCCAGGGCCCAGUACAGCAUCCCGGGGAUCUUGCACUUCCUGCAGCACGAAUGGGCCCGUUUCGAAGUGGAAAGGGCACAGUGGGAGGUGGAGCGGGCAGAAUUGCAGGCCCAGAUCGCGUUCCUGCAGGGGGAGAGGAAAGGCCAGGAGAACCUGAAGAAGGACCUCGUCCGGAGGAUUAAAAUGCUGGAGUUCGCCCUGAAGCAAGAGAGGGCAAAGUUCCACAAGUUAAAAUACGGGACGGAGCUGAACCAGGGCGACAUGAAACCGCCGAGCUACGACUCUGACGAGGCCAACGAGAACGACUCGUCUGGAUCGCUUAACAAUCAGCUGUCCUGGAAACAUGGCAGGCAGCUCCUUAGACAGUACCUGCAGGAGGUGGGCUACACAGACACCAUCUUGGACGUCAAGUCGCAGAGAGUGCGAGCCCUGCUGGGACUCGCCGGGGACGGAGCCGGGAAGACGGGCGAACGGACGAGCACGGAGCCCCCGGUCAACGGGCCCAACUCCACGCCAAAGGGCCUGGGGACCAGAGGAAAAGUUGAGCUGUCUGACACCAGCGCCGUGCUGGAGGCCUUCAAAUUCAUCGAGAACGCAGCGGCGGAGUUCAGCGACGAAGACGAGGAGGAGGAUAGUGACGGGAGAGACAGGACUAAUGUGGAAUCCAGGACUAUUGUGCGGAAGAAGCCCUCCUCCUCCUCCUCGUCGACGUCGUCCUCGCCGUCUCCGGCCAGCAUGGACACCAGCGAGGACCCCGACACGGAGGAGGCCCUGAAGGGCUUCGACUUCCUGUCAAAUACUGACGAGAUGGACACCUCGUCAGAGUCCAGAGGGACGGGGGACGGCACAGACUGGGAGAAGGACGAGCAGGGUCCCGUUUCUGAGGCCUGGGACGUGGACCCGGGCCUGAUUACCAAACUCAAGGAGCAGUACAAAAAGGAGCGCAAGGGGAAAAAGGGGGUGAAGAGGCCCAACCGGUCUAAGCUGCAAGACAUGCUGGCCAACCUGAGAGACGCCGAGGACCUGUCCCACAUGCAGCCUCCGUCGGCCCCGCAGCCUCGGCCCAACGUGGCCCGCUUCAGUGAGCACGAGGGAAGCAGGACCGAUGAAGUUGAAGCGAUGACUUUCCCCCCCACACCAGGGAAGUCCUUCAUUAUGGGCCCAGAUGAGGGCAUGGAGAACGUUCUGGGCCUGGGGGAGCUGGCCGGGCUCACCGUGGCCAACGAGGCUGACAGCAUGGCCUAUGACAUUGGCAACAAUAAGGAUGCCAUGAGGAAAACAUGGAACCCCAAGUUCACCCUGCGGAGUCAUUUCGACGGGAUUCGUGCUCUGACUUUUCACCCCGUGGAGCCGGUCCUGAUCACCGCGUCCGAGGACCACACCCUCAAGAUGUGGAACCUGCAAAAGACAGCUCCUGCCAAGAAGAGUACAUCUUUAGACGUGGAGCCCAUCUACACUUUCAGAGCCCACAGGGGGGCUGUGCUGAGCGUGGUGAUGAGCAGCACGGGGGAGCAGUGUUUCAGCGGAGGGGUCGACGGCACCAUCCAGUGCUGGAACAUGCCCAACCCAAACAUCGAUCCCUACGACUCCUACGACCCGUCGGUGCUGCGUGGAGAGCUGGGUGGCCACACCGACUCGGUGUGGGGUUUGGUGUACAGCAGCGCGCACCAGCGCCUCCUCUCCUGCUCCGCAGACGGAACGGUCCGGCUGUGGGACGCCAACACCACCUCCCCUUCACUCGCAGUAUUCAACGAAAACAAAAAGUUGGGAGUUCCCUCCUCUGUGGACCUGGUGUGCAGUGAACCCGCUCAUCUGGUCACGUCCUUCACAAACGGCCAGAUCGGCCUCUUCAACAUGGAGACCCGUCAGCUGGUCCUCAGCAUGGACUCUAAUGUAGAGCCAGGCACUCCCUGUCAGAUCAACAAGGUCCUCAGCCACCCGACUCUUCCAAUCACCGUCACAGCGCAGGAGGACCGACACAUCAAGUUCUUCGACAAUAACAGCGGGAAGCUGAUUCACUCCAUGGUGGCCCACCUGGAUGCCGUCACCAGCUUGGCUGUGGAUCCAAACGGACUUUAUCUCAUGUCAGGCAGCCACGACUGCUCCAUCCGCCUGUGGAACCUGGAGAGUAAAACCUGCAUCCAGGAGUUCACGGCUCACAGAAAGAAGUUCGAGGAGUCGAUCCACGACGUGGCGUUCCAUCCGUCUAAAUGCUACAUCGCCAGCGCCGGGGCGGACGCUCUCGCCAAGGUGUUCGUAUGACACGGAGUGACGCGUCCCUCCCCCCCCACAGCCUCGCUCUCUGACUCAGUCUCCCGUGAUCAGGGACCAAUAGAGACACUGCAGGGGACGGACCGUCAGGCAGGGGGGUCCAGUCCCACCUCAAACUAUCCACUGGUCUCCUGUCGGACUCGCAGACUAUGUAGCCAAUAGCCUCAAAUAGGUUGUGAGGAGGAGAAACUGCUCUCUGGUCCCCGACCCCCGUUCCUCACCACCAUCCAGGCAGGCCUGGGUGUGACCGGCCACAGCGCCCCCUGCAGACAGACUCAAACUUCACCUCCGCAGAAAGGAGUGACGUUCAGGACAAGUGGCAGCGAAGAGUGGAGAUACGAGGCCCCAUCAAGCCCCCCCACCCCCACCCCCCCUUUCCUCCUCCUCCCAAGUGGCUUCAUGCUCAUCCCAGAUCCUCCUCGGAUAAACCAAGUUAUCCUCCAGGUCACGUUUCGUGUUGCGUUGCAGAACCGCGGGGUGCCAAAGGUUCGACCCGGAGCUGACGCGGAAGCCUCCCACUUCCUCUCCUCAGCUUCCCAGACUGACUCUGCUUGCUUGACCUGCCUUUAUUUCCCUUUUUAAAAGAAAAAAAAAAACUAUAUUGACGAAUGUGCCUUUGCUUUAAAAAGGUCUUUAAAAUGUUCUUUUAACAAGCUUGUUUUUUUUUUUGUUUUUUUUUUUUUUUGUUUUUGUUUUUUUCAGGUGGAAAAAUGGGAAAGGUGGGGAAGCUGGUUGUCGCAAUGUUGUCGGUUUUAACAUUGGAUGUAAAAUUACAAAUGCUUAUAAUAAACAAAAUAUAUAUUCAGUCUUAAAAUUUACAGUGCAGCGUGAGUUUGAGUUUUUGUUUGAUAAGUGUGGUUGGGAUGUCAGUUCUGUGUGUUUCGAGGCAAAGCUGGUAGAGCGACACAGACGAUUAAAUGAAUUGCCUGUUUCUUAGUUUCAAGCAACUGUACACUUCAGAUAACAAGCAUAUGUGUCCAAAGUAAACCAUCUUGGUUAUAUAAUUAAAAUUAAACAGACUUGAGUCUAGAUGUCAACUUUUAGGAUUUAUCUAACACAUUUUGGCCAGUUUGCUCUUGUUUGAACUGAAUGCUGUGUACUGUAUAUAGUUUUGUUUUUGUUUUUUUUUGUUUUUUUUCCUCCUCCACCCCCCCAGCUGUGUGGACAUGCUUUACCACAAUGUGAUGUAUCAUGUCCAAAUAUUUACGGUAGUCCAGUGUUUAGCAGGAGCCUAGUGCAGUUCUUUAGGACUAUUUGAAACAAUGAUUUAACCAAGAGAAAUGUCCUGCAGUUCCAGUUUACUGUAAAUCCAUGAGGUUUGAAAGAAAGCAAAGAUUAAAAAAAGAAAGGCAAACAGGAUGUUGUACGAGGAGAGUACAGCUUUACAUGAGCCAUUUUCUCAGUCACUGGUUUGUACAUGAGAGUAUGUUCGAAAUAAAACCUGCUGUAAAAUGUUAA